AUGGGACAAGGCUUCUCCCUCACGACGCUCAAUGCGGGCUCUGCGGGCAUUGAUGUCCCCGAGCUCUCGGAUUUGACCUAUGAAAAGUCUAUGGGAGGUUCACGGUUCAUGAAGAGCAUACGGGCACGGCAUCAAGAUGGGUUGGUUCUGGUGAAAGUGGUAGUCAAGCCAUAUGCCAUGAGGCUCGAGAAAUACAAGCGGAAAAUCAUCCAAGAAAGAAAGGCGCUGGCGGAUGUUCCGAAUGCGCUUGCCUAUCAGCGAGUCGUUGAGACCGAAACUGGAGGAUUUCUCGUUCGACAAUACCUCUAUAGCUCUAUUUACGACCGCAUGAGCACUCGACCUUUCCUCGAAGACAUCGAGAAGAAAUGGCUUGCUUUCCAAUUAUUGUGCGGGGUUCGCGACUGCCACGCUCGGGACAUUUACCAUGGGGAUAUCAAGACGGAAAACACCUUGGUCACAUCCUGGAAUUGGCUGUACUUGUCGGACUUCUCUUCUUCAUUCAAGCCUACGACUCUUCCAGAGGACAACCCAGCGGACUUUUCAUAUUUCUUCGAUACUGCCGGAAGAAGGACGUGCUACCUUGCUCCUGAGCGCUUUCUAGCAGCUGGUGAAAUUCCGGACCCGAAGGCACAGAUUACAUGGGCUAUGGACGUUUUUAGUGCUGGGUGUGUGAUUGCCGAACUAUUCUUGGAAUCGCCCAUUUUCAGUUUGAGCCAGCUGUACAAAUAUAAAAAGGGGGAGUUCGAUCCAGUGACAGCUCAGUUGGGCAGGAUCGCCGACAAGGACGUCCGGGAAAUGAUUGCCCAUAUGAUUAACGUUGACCCCGAGUCCAGGUAUACAGCAGAGCAGUAUCUUGAGUUCUGGAGAAAGAAGGUCUUUCCAGAUUAUUUCUACAGUUUCUUACACCAAUAUAUGGGAUUGAUCACAGAUCCAUCAUCAGGAAGAACGCCGAUCUCAGGGGCUACAGCUAACUUAGGGGAAGCCGACGAGCGGAUAGACCGUAUCUACUACGAUUUCGACAAGAUAACAUAUUUUCUAGGCUAUGAGAAUGAGAGAAAAGCAAUCAAAAAGGUUUCAUACGCGGCCAGUGGCUUGAAAGUCUUGCCGGUACAUCUGAACAUACCAAACAAUGAGCACCAAUCAUCCAUCGUUGAGGCGAGGCCGACGGAUGAUGGGACUCUCAUAUUCCUUGCCUUGGUUGUGUCGUCCAUUCGAAAUACUGCACGCGCCACAGCCAAAAUCCGGGCCUGCGAUAUCCUUUUAGCCUUUUCGGAACGCCUGACUGAUGAAGCAAAGCUCGAUAGAGUGCUACCGUACCUGGUUGCAUUGCUUAAUGAUAAAGUGGACAUUGUCAAGGUAGCCGCAAUACGGACACUAACUCAACUUAUGGCCCUAGUGACUGUGGUGUCACCUGUCAAUGCUCAUGUAUUCCCGGAGUAUAUCUUGCCUCGCAUGCAAAUAUUCCUCCCUGGAUCCUCUUCUGAGCCUGGGCCGAUAGUUCGAGCAACCUAUGCAGCUUGUUUAGGUAGUCUUGCGACUUCUGCUUCCCGAUUCCUUGACAUGGUUGCCACCUUGAAAGCGGACGGUUCUUUACCUACCGCAGAUCCAGAAGCAGAAGAUGGUGGUCCUGCAGGUGCAGAGACUCAGGGUCUUUUUGACAAUUCCAGAGCCGAACUCAUUGAGCUGUUCGAGAUGCAUACCAAGGCACUCAUCACGGAUGGCGAUUCCGCCGUCCGACGCGCUUUCCUUGGCUCCGUGCCGGAAUUGUGCAUGUUCUUCGGAACAGCAGACUCAAAUGAUAUUAUCUUGAGUCACUUGAACACGUACCUCAAUGAUCGAAACUGGAUGCUUAAGUGCGCCUUUUUUGAGACCAUUGUAGGGGUCGCAACAUUUCUGGGAGGUACUAGUCUAGAAGAAUUUAUCCUGCCAUUGAUGGUACAAGCAUUGACGGACCCGGAAGAGUUUGUUGUUUCCAGUGUCCUUCGAUCACUUGCUAGCAUGGCAGAGUUAGGCCUCUUCCAGAGAUCGAAAACUUGGGAGCUUGUUGAGAUAGUGGCCCGGUUCACCAUGCAUCCCAACAUUUGGAUACGAGAGGCAGCAGCUAUGUUUCUAUCAUCAGCCACAAUCUUUCUUUCCGUCGCGGACACACAAUGCAUCGUUCAUCCUUUGAUAAGGCCAUUUCUGAAAACAGCUGCUAAUGAUUUCUCCGAGCUUGGUCUGCUUGACAAUCUAAAGAAGCCAAUGUCGCGAGCCAUUCUGGAUCUCUCGGUAACUUGGGCCACUAAGGUUGAUCGGGGUAUAUUUUGGAAACCAGUUCCUCAACUGCGAACUUUCGCGCUCGACUCUACCAAUUUUGGCAUCAUGUCGUCCUAUAGCAAGGAUUCUGGCCAUCAUGCUCUCCAGAGAAUACCAAAGAAUGAAGAGGAUGAACAGUGGUUAGCGAAACUCAGGAACAUGGGGCUUGGGACCGAUGAUGACUUCAAGCUGCUUGCGCUGAGAGUAUAUAUUUGGCGACUUGCUAUGUCCAAGGCUCGAGAGACCACACAGCACCCGGCAUAUCUCAACAGCGUGAUCAAUCUCCGCAAUAUUGGAAUAACUCCACAGACAGUCAUGUUUGAUGAGCAGCAGCCUUUGGAUGAACCACUUCGAAGGCUAAACAGUGGAUCCGAUGGCAGUGACCGGGCCCCUCAUACUAUCGCUGAUGCCCUGCUUGAUGCUUCGAUGACAAUUGAUGAUUCCAUUGCGCGGAGGAGGCGUUCCGCCUUCAAUACUCACAAAGCUCGAGUUAGCAGCCAUGUCGGCUCAUUAUCAACAGUGGCAACUGGGCGUGGUGGUCAGUCUCCUGUUUCUCCAUCCUCGGUCACUUCGUCGUCUCCUAAGGAUAUAGAGCCUUUAUCUUUGGAUCAAACAUCUCGUCGCACGUCCAUUCCAGUCAAGGUGCCAAACGGGAAGGGCAGCGAAGAUGAGGGUGAUUCUGUGCCAGAUACAGGCUCGAGUGUGAAUUCGAGAGAUAGGGAACUACGCCAUGGCAUCCGUCACAAAUCCAGUGCGAUCAACUUGAUGAACCGAAAAGAUUCGACGAAAUCAUUCCCUGAGAUUGGUAUGACUUCUGCGAACGUUUUUGGCAGAGUAGAAGGACCAUUUCCCCACAACAGAGGGGAUUCGUCUGCAUUAGCAUUGGCGAAAGAGAAAGAGAAACACGGCCAGGAUCAGAUUCGCUUCCGAGGAGCUCAUACCUAUGCUGGCAAUGACCCUAGUAUACUGAAAAUGUUGGAUGCCAUGUAUGUGGACAAUUACCCGAACGAUAUUGCUGAGUUUGGUCCCAUGAUUGCAACUUCGAGCAGGCGAAAGAACAUCAACAAAGGAUCGGCCCAGACUCCAGAUCGACCUUGGAAGCCCGAAGGUACCCUAGUGGCCACAUUUUCAGAGCACAUUGGGCCCGUGCAUCACAUUGCCGUUGCUCCUGAUAAUUUGUUCUUCCUCACAGGAGGAGACGAUGGCUGUAUUAAAGUCUGGGAUACUGGACGACUUGAACGCAACAUUGCAUAUCGCUCCAGACAAACUCACAAACAUGCUAAUGAUGCUCAAAUUACUGCUCUGUGUUUUGUUGAGAACACUCACUCGUUCAUUAGUUGUGGUAGUGAUGGAAGCAUCAACGUAGUCAGAGUUGAAUGUGUUCAGGCUAAUGGCACAGUGAGAUACAGCAAGCUUCGAAUUUUGCGCGAGUAUCAGCUUCCUGAAGGAGAAAUGGCCAUGUGGUCAGAUCAUUUCAAAAUAGAGACAAACUCGACUUUACUCGUUGCCACUAAUCGAUCACGAGUCGUUGCUAUCGAUCUUCGGACAAUGGAAAUUCUCUAUACUUUAGAAAAUCCUGUUCAUCACGGAACACCAACUUGUUUUAUCGUUGAUAAAAGACGGCAGUGGCUACUUUUAGGGACUUCUCAUGGAGUCUUGGAUCUAUGGGAUCUGCGAUUCAAAGUUCGUCUUAGAGCUUGGGGAGUCCCAGGAGCUACCUCUAUUUACAGGAUGUGUUUACAUCCCACAAAAGGACGCGGUAGAUGGGUUUGCGUCGCAGGUGGCAGUGGUCACGGAGAAAUGACUGUAUGGGACGUUGAAAAGGUUCAAUGUCGAGAGGUCUAUCGGGCAGGUGGUAGCAGAGACGGACCUAAAGGGUAUGAGCCGUGGCCUGUUGAUGAAGACCGACCUGAGGGCAUGCUUGGGCGAUUUGCAACUGCACUAGAACCAAAUGGGUCCAGCAAUUCUGAUCGAGGUAUGCGAGCUAUGGUAGCGGGAACAGACUCCUACGAUGAUAACCGAGAGACGAAAUAUGGCUUCAUCAUUACAGGAGGAUCUGACAAGAAGAUUCGUUUCUGGGACGUCUCUCGCAUGGAAAAUUCUAUGGUUGUCAGUGGGCUUGAUGUUGAAGAGCUAAAGCCAAGCUUCACCUCUACACAUCCAACAGCUUCAUUAACGCUCAACGCGGAGCGAAUUCCGAGGCCAGGACCAACGGCCCCUAAUGCAGGGGUUAGUUCUCGGACUUCCAAUGCAAGCAAGACAUCAAGCGGGCGACCGCCGAGAUCAACAGUGAUCUCUCUCCAGCAGCAGCAGCUUCUGAGAUCUCACCUCGACUCGAUUCUCAACAUUGCAUUACUAGAAUCUCCGUAUGGAAUGAUGGUGUCGGUGGACAGGUCUGGCGUUGUAUUUGUAUUUCAGUAG